AUGUUGCGGACUGCAAAGCCAUUAGAAGGAGCUGUUUUAAAGAUCUCGAAUCCUCCAGUGUGUAACAGCAUCCUAGCAACUGGACUCACUAAGAAUACCACCACAGAGGCAAUCGAGAUGUACUUUGAGAACGAACUGAGAAGUGGAGGUGGAAAGAUAUAUGGAGAUAUAAUACACCAAAAAGCCAAAGGGAAAGCAGUUGUAUCUUUCUGUGAUCCUCAAG